CUGGCGGCGUUCCGUACCGUCGGGGACGCGGCGGCAGAAACAUGGCGGUCGCGGCCCUGCCGGCAAACCAGAAAGUUUCUACCGACGCCGGGCUUUAUUAGUGCGUGCGGCCUCGGGCCCUAGUCCUCCUGGUCCGGAACCUCCUGGUUCCAAUUCACAGGGCCAGCCCAAGGGCCUCCUCUCCCUCGUCCGUAGUGGGCCUCGGAGCGCGGAGGGAGCGUUGGCGGCGACCGAGGCAGAUCAUUAUAAAGAAAAAUUCUGAGAAAAUGUUGGAGUAGGAGUUACCAGUGCACUAGAUUUGCUGACUGAAAUACAAGAAGUUAAUUUUGCGGGGGAGAGGCCGACUUUGCAGGUUACAUGUGUAAAUCACUGCGAUACUGCUUUAGUCAUUGUCUCUAUCUAGCAAUGACAAGACUGGAAGAAGUCAAUAGAGAAGUGAACAUGCAUUCCUCAGUGCGAUACCUGGGCUAUUUAGCCAGAAUCAACUUACUAGUGGCUAUAUGUUUAGGUCUUUAUGUAAGAUGGGAAAAAACAGCAAAUUCUUUAAUUCUGGUAAUUUUUAUUCUUGGCCUUUUUGUUCUUGGAAUUGCCAGCAUACUCUACUAUUAUUUUUCCAUGGAAGCAGCAAGUUUAAGUCUCUCCAAUCUUUGGUUUGGAUUUUUGCUUGGUCUUCUAUGCUUUCUUGACAAUUCAUCCUUUAAAAAUGAUGUGAAAGAAGAAUCAACCAAGUACCUGCUUCUGACUUCCAUAGUGCUAAGGACACUAUGCUCAUUGGUGGAGAGAAUCUCUGGGUAUGUCCGUCAUCGACCCACGUUACUAACCACAGUAGAGUUCCUGGAGCUUGUUGGAUUUGCCAUUGCCAGCACAACUAUGUUGGUAGAGAAAUCUCUGAGUGUUAUUUUACUUGUUGUGGCAUUGGCCAUGUUAAUUAUUGACCUGAGAAUGAAGUCAUUUUUAGCUCUUCCAAACUUAGUAAUUUUUUCAGUAUUGUUAUUUUUUUCCUCAUUGGAAACUCCAAAAAAUCCAGUUGCUUUUGCAUGUUUUUUUAUUUGCCUGAUAAUUGAUCCUUUCCUUGACAUUUAUUUUAGUGGACUUUCAGUAACUGAAAGGUGGAAACCUUUCUUGUACCGUGGAAGAAUUUGCAGAAGACUUUCAGUCCUUUUCGCUGGAAUGAUUGAGCUUACGUUUUUCAUUCUUUCAGCAUUUAAACUUAGAGACACUCACCUCUGGUAUUUUGUGAUACCAGGCUUUUCCAUUUUUGGAAUUUUCUGGAUGAUUUGCCAUAUUAUUUUUCUUUUAACUCUUUGGGGAUUCCAUACCAAAUUAAAUGACUGCCAUAAAGUAUAUUUCACCCACAGGAUAGAUAACAAUAGUCUAGACAGAAUCAUGGCAUCCAAAGGUAUGCGCCAUUUUUGCUUAAUUUCAGAGCAAUUAGUUUUUUUUAGUCUUCUUUCAACAGCAAUUUUGGGAGCAGUUUCUUGGCAGCCGACAAAUGGAAUCUUCUUGAGCAUGUUUCUGAUUGUUUUGCCAUUGGAGUCCAUGGCUCAUGGGCUGUUCCAUGAAUUGGGUAAUUGUUUAGGAGGUACAUCUGUUGGAUAUGCUAUUGUGAUUCCCACCAACUUUUGCAGUCCCGAUGGUCAGCCAACACUGCUCCCACCAGAACAUGUACAGGAGUUGAAUUUGAGGUCUACUGGCAUGCUCAAUGCUAUCCAAAGAUUUUUUGCAUAUCAUAUGAUUGAGACCUAUGGAUGUGACUAUUCUACAAGUGGACUGUCUUUAGAUACUCUUCAUUCCAAAUUGAAAGCUUUCCUGGAACUUCGGACUGUGGAUGGGCCUAGACAUGAUACAUAUGUUUUAUAUUACAGUGGACACACACAUGGCUCAGGAGAGUGGGCUCUAGCAGGUGGAGAUAUACUACGUCUUGACACACUUUUAGAAUGGUGGAGAGAGAAGAAUGGUUCCUUCUGUUCCAGGCUUAUUAUCAUGUUAGACUGUGAGAAUUCAGUGCCCUGGGUAAAAGAAGUGAGAAAGAUUAAUGACCAGUAUAUAGCAGUCCAGGGAGCAGAGCUUGCAAAGACAGUGGAUAUUGAAGAAGCCGACCCACCACAGCUAGGUGACUUUACAAAAGAUUGGGUUGAAUACAACUGCAACUCCAGCAAUAACAUCUGUUGGACUGAAAAGGGCAGAACUGUGAAAGCAGUGUAUGGUGUGUCAAAACGGUGGAGUGACUAUACUCUGCACUUGCCAACAGGAAGUGAUGUAGCCAAGCACUGGAUGUUACACUUUCCUCGUAUUACAUAUCCACUUGUACAUUUGGCAAACUGGUUAUGUGGUCUGAACCUUUUUUGGAUCUGCAAAUCUUGUUUUAGGUGCUUGAAAAGAUUAAAAAUGAGUUGGUUUCUUCCUACUGUGCUGGACACAGGACAAGGUUUUAAACUUGUCAAAUCUUAAUUUGGACACUAUGGGGGUGUUAUUGAGAGUUCAUGUUACCAUAUAGCACUCACUUGCCAUUAUUUUGUAUGCUGUAUUUUUUUUUUUUUUGUAGAAAAUAUCUUGCUCCUUUUGUAGUUGCUAUCACUUUGUCUUUUUUCAAGUAAUUAUGGGACAUGUAAGAUAUUGGGGAUAAGCAUUAUUUUAUACUAAAAGUAUAUAAGGAGUCAUAAAUGCUGACUGCAAAUGUAUAAAAUAUUUUAAAACUAGCAAUGCACUUUCAAAAUGUUUGCAUUUGCCCCUGAGUAGAAAGAAGGAAGCAUUGUCUAUGUUCUGCAAUGGCCAAUGAAGAAUUACUAAUGCCUUAUUUUCUAGGCAUACAUUUGAAACUAUAGACUAGGCAACUUUGUUUACUAUUUUAAGAAAACUACCAAUUUACUUAAUCAAAGAUUCUUUUUUGUGAACAAUAAUGUUGGACUCAGACCAUUUGCAAAAGUAUAAAGUCUUAGAAAAGGAAGAAGUCUGUUCAUAAUGAAUGCAAAUUCCCUUCUCAUUCAAAUGUCUUGGUUGUGACCUGUGACCAGUAUAGCAGAGAAGCCCCAGUUGCAUCUUAGAUGCAACCGUAAGAGGUUAGAGCCUACAAAUUGUUCCUUCUUGCAUUGGUGAGGCCCUCUGUAAACACUAUUUUAAGAGUCUUUCUCAGGGUAACAAUGUUUUCUUAAGGAAUAGUAUUUCCAGUCAUACAUCCUUUCCUAGUAAAUUGCCUUUCUUUUUAAUAAGAUAUUUAGCAAUUUCUCAUUGACCAAUUCAGUCUAAGUUUGAGAAAACACUUUGAUCUCUGUGGAGUUAAUAUUCUGCCAUGAAAAUUAAUUUUCAACUCCCUAAUUGAAAUAACCUUUUUUCUAUUGAAGGUCAAAGGAUUAUAAGAGGCCAUUUUUUUUUCUUGCAUACCUGUAUUGUAUUAUGUAAAGUAUUCAUGCUGGUAAUUUUAGAUAAGCAUAAAGGUAUGGUUGUAAUUUUUAAAUCUUAAGUCAGUAUUUUCUCAGCAUAAAGUCGGCACUCAUCAGAGUAUUUCCUAAGAGGUAAUUCACUUCUUAUUUCCUUCUGAUUCUCUUUACAUUCUAAAUUUUCAUUUUUGAAAGCUAAUAGGGACAUAUGAGUGAAUUUGGAGAUAAAUCUAAUUUUUGUUGUUCAAAUGAUGUGAUUUCACACCAUUAGUCCAGCCUCAGAAAGGAGAUGAUGCCACUACUGUUUCCUACUGUUGGCGUAAAUACUGCAGCUUUAGUUAGGAAGAAGUCACAACAUCAGGGAACUUGUACACCACUAUCUAUGCAGCACUGUUACAGCCUGACUGUUUUCUAUGGUUUGAAUAUGGUUUUCCUAAUUCUUUGAAUAAAAUUUUGUUAAAAAAUUAUUUUUCAUUUAAUAUGCAAUUAAACGUUACUAUUUUAGUAUGUUAAAAGUAGAAGACAUUCUAAAUGACUAUGUUUUAGAGUUCAUGUCUGGUGGAAGACUGUUUUGAAAUUUUACAUUUGAUUGCUUAUAUUAACCAUCACUCAAAUGAAACAGCACAAUGUUUCAUGAUUGUUUUAUUAGAAAAUCUGUGUGCUAAAAAAUUAGUUUAUAGCUUCUUAAAACAGUUAAUAUUCAGUAAAAUCUUCUUUUACAUUUCUCAGCUAAUAGUUACCAAAUCAGCUUAAGUAAAGCAUCUCUUUUCACUCUCAGAAGGCCAAAUAUAAAAGUAUAUUUUAGAUUCUUUAUGAAAUGUUAAAUUAAUACUAAAAUUACAUUUAAAAAAUAGCAGAUAAUUUUACAGACAUAAGGUGUGUGUGUGUUUGUGAGUGUGUGUAUGUGUAUUUAAUGUAAAAAUAAUCCAAAAAGGUCUUUGGGAUAAAAAUGUAAUUUGAGAUAAUUAAAAAGUUAUAGACCAUUUACUUGGGUGAAUUUCUGUACAUAAACGAAAACUACAAAUUAGUCUUUAGGAAAAAAUAUUAAAGCUGCCAAUUUAAAAACAAUAACAGAUACUAUAUAGGAAGAAAUUUUAUAAGAAAGAUACUAUUAAAAGUGCUUACUUUGGUCUAAAAAUUUUAAAGCAGAUAUCAAUGGUGAGAUUAUGUGUAUGUAAUUGCUAUUUAGUAUGUUAUUGCAAAGGAUUUUAUUGUUAAAAAGAAUUAGGGCAAAACUUUUUACUAUUGUAUUGAAAAAGGAAAUAUGGAGAUAUUUUACAUAAUUUGCAAUAAUAUUUGUUUCCCUACAUGGUACCUUGUUAAAAUCACAAAAGUACUAGUCUGUGAAAACAUCUUUUAAAAAGUGUAUCCCAUUGUAUGAAAAUUCAGGAGCCAAGUUCCUUCACUACUCAGUACUUUUCAGUUAUGCUGCUAUUUCAUUCAAAUAUUUUUCUUAGCCAGGUAAUCAUUACAUCCCAGAGGUAGAAACAGUAGGAUCAUGAGUUCAAGAUGAGCCUGGACUACAUAGCAAGAACCUGUCUCCAAACAAGUAAAUAAAUUGCUUUACUAGUUAUUUAUUUUGUUUUUGUUCUAAACUUUUCACUAGGAAACUUGAAAUUUGCCAGGCAUGGUGGUGCAUGCCUUUAAUCUCAGCGCUCAGGAAGAUUGCUGUGAGUUUGAGGUCACCCUGAGAGUACAUAGUUGAUUCAGGGUUAGCUUAAGCUACCUCAAAAGGAAAAAAAAAAAAAAAAAAAAGGCAAGUUGAAAUUUAUCUUUCCAUAGAGUUCCAUCUUGCUUUCUUUCAAAAUUCUAUAGAAAAGAUCUGUUUUAGUAAUUUGUAAUCAGUGAUUCAUAAGUUAUAUGCUAUUGAAAAUACUACAUUUUUAAACGCAUUGAGUGGGUGGAUUUGUGAGUUGGUUCUUUAGAUCUGCAUGUAACUUUAUUGGCUUGCUGUCUGGGCACAGCUUUGUAAGGUGUGUUCUUUUACUUGCAGAGCUCUUCAUUUCUCUGUAGAUAUGCUCACAUCUUUCCACAGGUGAUGGAUUAUUACUGUGUUUGCCAAAAGAAAUGUUUAAUACAUAGAGUGUGAUUAGGCACAAGUAAAUGAAAGUAAGCGUUCAAAGGAGUUAUAUCUAAGAGUGUUUAUGUGAGGUUCUACUGGGAACCACCAGUCUUCAUCUCUUAGGGAAAGCUUGUGCAUCUUGGCCUUUCUGCACACGAUUACUUAAAAGUAUGUUUUGUCCACAACAGAAAGCAUAAAUAAAUAUCUUUCACUGAGUGGAUGAAUUUAGAAUCUAAAAGAGAAAUUAAGAUGGCUUGAUUAUAAAUUAGAUUUUUUUUUUUUUGGUUUUUUGAGGUAGGGUCUCACUCUAGCCCAGGCUGACCUGGAAUUCACUAUGGAGUCUCAGGGUGGCCUUGAACUCAUGGCAAUCCUCCUACCUCUGCCUCCCGAGUUUCUGGGAUUAAAGGUGUAUGCUAGAUUUUCUUUAUAAUUUUAUUUAAGUGGCUUUUUCCCAAGAACUUUGUUAAGCAAGUGAGUGGAAGAGAUCUUAUAUUUGAAGUGGAAUAAGUUAUGUCAAGAUUAGAAAAGGAAAACCUCUCUCACACUGGUUUGAUUGAAAGCAGCUGGUACUUGUAGGUUCAGACCAUUUUAGUAGACUUUGUUGUUAUUUUCAUCCAGACUUAAAGAAGGUGAAUUGAUUCCAAAUGUUUAACAGUAUGCCAGGUAUAGGGUGUUUCUUCCUAGACAAACAAUGUUUAUGUUAAAUAAAACUAUUUUUAUAUUAAAAUACAUACUAAUGUAUUACUGAGCAACAUUGCGUUAGUUUUUAAUAUAAAGCAUAACACUUCAAACAGUU